AUGUCUCAACAGGCACUCUCUCGCUCGACCUAUGUUGGAAACGUUCGAAGGGCUGUAUUGUUGAGGGCCCAUCCCGACAGGUUUCGAAGUCAUGGAGAUGAUGAGCGCCGACGAAGGCAAGAAACUUUGUUGAAAGAGUUAGGUGCACGAAUAUCAGAAAGUGACUUUAGCGAUUAUACAACUUACAGAAAAAGCCAAAUUCCAUUCCGAAAAGGCCCUUCACGGUUUAUUCCGUUCGCCCUUGAGAGGAGGGAUGGGUCGAUUCUCGAUGACAAACUUGACAUCAAUGAUUCUGUGGAAGGGAUAUUGCAAAGUCUAGCAAAUUUGUUGAAAAAGUCUGGAGCGGUGCCACCGAAACCUCCUCCCGCAGACGAGCCGGUAUUUAAUCAGGACGCAAACAUAUUUGAUAUGCCGCAGUUUGACGCAAUCGAUCGCCGUUUUGACUUGAAUACGGCGAAAGGAAGAAACCUACUUUCAUUUGUUGACGGACUUGACAGUUCGGAGGUGGAAAGACGUCGAACAUCUCGUUUGGACGCUGUGGCAAUAGCUUCAGUUGCUCGUCAAAUGUACUCGUUUCAAGCAAUUGAUGGCAUCCGUCUCGGUUGGAGUUCACAAAAUUUUGCAGUUCUUGUUUCUAGUGUGGUCAGCCUCCAUGAAGAGCACAGCAAGAAGUUCAAUGUCACAUCCUUCUACCCACUACGAUUGGUAUUUACACCAGAUGAAAUGCGAGAUCCAUUAGAUCUUCACGGAGGAACAAUCUACCUCCACCCUGCAGAUACGCAACUUCAGUGGCUUAACGUGCUGCAAGAAGUCACCGAAUCAAAGCUUCUAGAGUUGGAGCACAACAGAGAAAUGGCAAACCAACGAACCUCGUUGCUCCAGAAUGCUUUGGGUGUCAAGGUGGUAAAAGGGUAUUCCUGUUCGUCAAGGGAAUAUCACAUAUUCCUGGCAAAAAUGGCUGAAAGCCUCAGCGAAACACUAGAUUCUACAAAUGAUGAAUCAACCGCACUUCAAGUGGAGAGCUUGCGAGUGGUUGUUGAAUCGCCAUCAGCCUCCCGACGAAUUCGAUUGACAGAAGAAGGUUACAUACGGGGAAAUAGUGCCAUGUCAGAGUCAGAUCUCAGAAAAGCAAUCGCUAGGCUAGCCCACGAUGCACAGGAUCGAAUGAAGCAGGAAAAAGAGUACACGGAGAAGUGCAAGGAGAUGACAAGGCAGAUACAGUACAGUCUCGGUUUACAGCGCGUUUUUCGAAAGGGUGUCGUCAGCCGAAAGGAAUUUCUCAUUUCUCUAGGACGAUUGCUGGAACAAUCGUCUAAUCUGGGAAACAGUUUAUCAGGGUUUUCUUUGGGUAUUGGGACCAGUGGCGUGUUUGCUCAUUUGAGUGACGAUGGUAGCUUGAUCGUCCCCUAUGAUUGGAGAUGA